AUGACUCGGACCGGUCCCCAUGUUGAUGUCGAUGCCAUCGUCAUCGGUGGCGGCUUCGGCGGAUGCAAUUCACUCUACAAGCUCCGACGCCUCGGCCUGUCAGUGAAGCUUAUCGAAGCCGGCAGUGGAUUUGGCGGCGUUUGGCAUUGGAAUCGUUACCCCGGUGCUCGCGUCGAUACGGAGAUGCCAUCUUACCAGUUCAACAUAUCUGCCGUGUACAAGGGUUGGAACUGGUCUGAGCGCUUCCCAGGCGACGAAGAACUACGAAGAUACUUCCAACAUGUUGACAACGUCCUCAACUUGAGCAAGGAUACCUUUUUCAACACAAUCGUCAGCCGUGUACAAUAUGACACCACCACAGCUCGAUGGAACGUUCAGACAGAAUCUGGACUCUCGGCAACUUGCAAGUACCUCAUCGCUGCCACUGGAUCCUCGCAUAAGAAGCACUAUCCAGCUUUCAACGGGCUGGAUACCUUCCGUGGAAAAUUAGUCCAUGCUGCCGAUUACCCCAACUCUUUGGAUCUUAAGGGGAAGCGCGUCGGCGUGGUUGGAAAUGGUGCUUCUGGUCUCCAAAUCGUGCAGGAUGUCGCGAAGGAAGAGUGUGAUCUCAAAGUUUUCAUUCGUACGCCAUGUUUCGCGAUUCCAAUGAAACAGCGUCAGAUUUCUCCCGAAGAAGCGGAGAUGAUGAAGGGUUACUAUGACGGAAUCUUUGAGCGAAACUACAAGUCCAUGUCGGGCUUCCCACACAACACCAUUUUCCAAUCUGCUCACCAAGCUACACCCGAAGAGAGAAAGGAAUUAUUCGACGAACUUUGGGAACGAGGUGGCUAUAGCUUCCUGGUAUCGAACUACUACGAUUUCCUUCUUGACGAAGGUGCAAACUCGAUUUUCUACGAUUACUGGGUUCAAAAGGUCCGCGCUCGCAUGACGAAUUCCGAGAAAAUGGAUCUCGUGGCGCCCCUGCAACAACAAAUGUUGGUCGGUACCAAGAGACCCAGUCUGGAGCAGGAUUACUAUGAAAUGAUUGAUCGAUCCAAUGUGACCCUCCACGAUUUGAAGAAGUCGCCUAUCCUAGAAUUCGACACAACCGGAAUGGUGACGAGCAACGGCGAAACAACACAACACCACGAUUUAGACGUGAUUAUCUUUGCGACGGGCUACGAUGCUGUCACUGGCAGCUUGCUAGAUCUGUCAAUCUCGGAUAAGAAUCAAGUCCCAUUGGGCGAGAAGUGGAAAAAUGGCAUUCUCACACACCUUGGCAUGAUGGUUCCAGAUACGCCUAAUCUGUUCAUUGUUUAUGGACCUCAAGCCCCGACCUCGCUGGCCAAUGGCCCGCCCUUCAUUGAGAUGGAGAUUGAUUGGAUUUGCCAAGCGAUUGAAAAGAUGCAAAAAGAAGGGAUCCAAUCCAUCGAACCUACUCAGGCCGCUGCUGAGGCUUGGCGUGACGAGGUUCAUGCUGUUAGCCAGUAUACCCUCUAUCCCAAGGCUGAUUCGUGGUAUAUGGGCUCGAAUAUUCCUGGGAAGAGACGUGAGCCGCUUGUGUAUCUUGGCGGUAUGCAGCGUUGGUGGAAGAGCUGUACGGCUGGGUUGGAGACCUGGCAGGGAUUCAAUACUUCUUCUUGA